CCAAGGAGGGAGGGCGCUUGCGCUACCCAUAGUUACCGAAGUGUGGUUAACAUGUAUACUAUUCUUGUGUGCACUAUUUAUACGGCGCGUGAAGAAAAACAUUGAACUUAAGAUCAUCUUCUUGGCACUGUACCUUCACAGAGAGUGGAAAUAUCCAAACAGAAUUGACUGAACUUUGUGACAGAUAUAUUCAAAGAGGAUUUACGGUACAAGGCACAAAUAAUCAUGCCGAAGUCAAGAGCUCAUGCUCCUUCUGCAGCAGAGGACGGAAUUUGGUUCCAAACUCGAGGCUGGUCAACCAAGGGAGAAAUGAGGAACACAGGUACUACUACAGGUCUCAUGCUGAGUACCAAGUUCAACCCAGAAGGCUCUUCCAAACCUCAACCUCCCCCACCAACAUACAAUGAGUUAGCAGAGAAGACCUACAUACAUUCCAACCCAUUUUCCAUGCAUGACAAUAGAAACUCUUUCCAGGACCAUGGCGUAUAUUUUGGGCAUGGCCUUGGUAAGCAAGUGGAGAAUGGAUCCAAAAGGCAGCACAACUCCGAAGACUUCGUCACCUGGAAGUCAUCAGAUCGGUGUUACAAGACGGACUAUCGAGCUGAAUACCAAGGCAACCCUACCAAGAACCCACCUACCACCAGGAGAUUCCCUCGAACCUACUCUGAACCCCAACAAGGGGUAAUAGACCUCCCUACCUCCACCACACAUACAUUUGAACCACCCAAGGUACCCUAUGGUACCCCUACACAGGUGCUUGUUUCAAGUAAAGAGCCCCACCUUAAACCUAACCCUUGGAAGUAUUCAUACAAAGCCUACGUCAAAUAAGUUUCGAAACUAUACUAUGUGACUAUUCAAACUUUCCGCAGAGGCAACCCACUGCAGCCUAGGAGUUUGGAUGCUUCAGCAAUUGCCAAAAGUGCAUGUGUGUGGACAAUCUCUUUAUAAAGCAUCUGAUGUCAGCAUUAUUAGACAAAUUCUGGACAAUCUUUUCGUUCCCUUGUUCGAGCAAGGAGGUAGACUAUGCAUCAAGGCAUAAUUGCUUUGCAAAAUGUGGCGAUAAUAGUUGUGUGCUCUCUCAGUAUUGUAUGCAAGGGAUAUACUUUUUAUCUUGUUUUUUUUUUACUCAUUUGUGCUUGCCUGUGUUGGUAUGGUGUAUGCAAAAAUAUUAAGAACAAAAUAAACCUAUUUUAUAUUGAAUUCUGUAUUGAAUAUUUUUACUAUCAUGAUGUAUUGUUUACUACUGAACAACAUUCCUGCAAUUGAUGGCCUGCUUGCAGAUUUUGUCUUCUCAUUACAAAGUUGAUUUGUAUCCCUCACAUCAAUCAAAAACAAAACAUAAACUGCCCAUUGAGAGAUGAAAAACCAAUUCAGUAGUAAAAGUUGAAAGUCUUCCAGACAAAGAAACAAGAUGCAGCAGCAAUAUUAAGUUUAGUUUGAUGGAAAUGGGUAAUAUUUUGGAGGUAAAAUAAAAUAUAUUUGUAUGGAGCAACAGCUCCUAUGCCAGAAUGCAAGAAGCAGACUGAAAUGCAAACCAUGGUUGAAAUUGUAAUGCCCAAUGACUGAUCAGGAUACACUUGUAUUUGCCUAUUUUAGUUUGACUGAGGUUUAAACCAUGAAAGCAUGAUUUAAAUUGUGGUUUGAAUACCAGCCUCCUUUGUGAAUUGUGGCCUGUGUGCUCAUCAAUAUGUGUGUAAUUUCAUUUCGCCACCAUGUUUUCAGCCUCCUGUCUGAUUAGGCAUUAAGUGGGCUGAAUGAUUUCUAUUCCUUCAUCAUCUUUCAAUUUCCUCUGAUUGUAUCUGAAGGCAAUGGCAUUUGAGCUGGUCAAACCAUACAUUUUACAUCUAAUACAUCAAACGUAAUAUGUUCUAAGUAAUUUGUGGUACAGAUGUUUUGAUGUGAUUGUCUUCCAAAGUAUCACCCCUGCACUCUCUUGCCAUAGUAUUUAAUAAUGGAAAUAUAGGGAUGGUGAAACAAAAAGCUAAUCAUGGAUUUGGAGAGAAAUGACACAAAAACUGGAGGGAAAAAAAAGAUGUUGUAGAGUAACGGUUAACCGCUUUCCAUUAGUAAGGCUAAUGGAUAAUAAUCUCAAUUUGACACAGUGACCAAGAAUGCUAAAUUUGUGAUUUGAGAUGAAGUUUGUAAGACACCGUAGAGCAAAUGCCAUGAGUUCCCAGCAGAGGCGUGUACCUGUGCUAUACAAGAAACCAUCAUCACCAGAGUGUGCUCCUAAAGUGUGCUCAAUCACAUUUGUUUAAAAGAAAUUUAAAACACACUGAAACAAAAAGAAUUACAAUGUCAGGUGGUUUUCAGAAUUAAAAAGUAUAUUAUAGCAUUUCAGCAGAAAAUAUUUGUACAAUUUUCAUCAAUAUCGGUAUUCAAAAUGUAAACUCUUUCAACAGAAUUUAAGGCACGUACUGUAUCAACUAGCAAGAUAAACUCAAUUUCCAUUUCUAGAUUUCUCCUGGAUCCUAAUCAAAUGAUUGGUCGACCAGGAUUUAUUCGUCAUCAAUUAUCACACAAAACAAUCAAAUCACAAGGAUCUGGAAAAAAAAAUUUGUAUAAUAAUACAAAUGAUGCAUGUUUUUAUGCAAUCAUUACAGGAUCUAUUCACUCUUGUUGAGUUUGUUUAUGCACCUAUCAAACACGGCCUUGUCCGCUUUGUACAAGAGAUGCAUACAGUCUCAUCUCGAGUGCGGAUGGAUCGUAUAAUGAACUCAGCUGCAUACAUCAUUUAUGUAUCAUUAAUCAUAAAAAAUGACAGAGAUAUACAUGGUAUAGAGAAGAGAAAGUGCACUUGUCAUAUCCAUUUGAUAGAUUAUUCAUUAAUGUGAAAUGAUAUGUAAAACAUUGUAUUUGUGUAUGUAUAUAAUAUAUAGCAAUAAAACGAUAUAUGAAAUGUAAAGAU